UGUGUGUUAACUGGAUGUCUCUCGACACGGACGGGCUGGUUGUAUUCAUGUGUGAAGACAUCCAGUUGAGCAUUGAAAACGUUGGAAUGCAAUCAUUCUUUGCCUCUCAACACUCUGCCGUCUAGAAGAUCGGUCUCUUCAAACAGAUCGGCGACAAACGCAAAAGUGCCGUACGUCCCUUCCCUCAUCCCGCCCCCUCCCCCCCACACCCGUCCAUCUCACUACUCGCUCACCUCACUGCAGGAGUGUGAACACCUCCACCUCGUCAGAGACGAACAUGUGCAUCUGAUAUCCCAUCACCGGAAAGAUGCCGAAAGGAGGUCGCCGCCCGCAGCAUCGCCCCGCCGCCUGCACCGACCCAAAAGGGGGCGGCGUCCACAGCUCCAGCCACUGGUGCGUGCUCAGGCUGGAGAAACUCCCCAACUGGCCCACCAUCAGCCCCCCCGCCGAGUCCCUUGGUCGAUCGUCCGCUUGCGAGACAUAGAUGCACUGGGGCAUCAGGGAGUGCGGCUGGAAGGUGGGCGGGGAGGCGCCAAAUGCCUUGAAGAUGAGGGCAGCCGCCUCAUAGCGGUUGAAGGUGCGGUGGCCGGCGCGACUGCCUGGCGGUAGGCGCCGCUCAGGAGGUGGCUGCAGGCUGGUGUCGAUGGAGAAGCCGUGGAUGUCUCCAUUUGCGCGGAUGAGGAACAGCAGGGGGCUCGCAUCGCCCACACGAUGGAGCAUGUCGGUGUACUUGAAGCCGUGGACUGUCCCUCUGCAGCCACACAAGGAGAGAAGAGCCAAGAAAAUGAUAGAGUGUGCAGCACAUAUUGAGUGUCUCCUCUUACUUGUAGAGUAGUUCGAUGCGUGUGAUCUUUUUGCCUGUCUUCUGCAGUACGGCCAUCAGCUGACUGGCGGAGGCGAUCACAGAGGGACUGGGGAUGCACGGCCCAUCGCCAUGCAGCCGCAUCGUGGGCUCCAUCGCCGGGCCGUGUCUCUCCAUCGCCGCCAUGAGUGACGCCUUCAGCCGCCGAGGAGCAUACGGGGGGUCGACCACACUUAUGGGCGUGGCGGCACACAUGCGGCCGGCGAAGUCGCUGGCGAGUGCCACAGCUGAGACAUCGGGGGGGAGGGAGGGCAGGUAAUGCGACAGCCGCUUUACGGUGUCCGCCAGAUUGGUGAUCAU